CUUGGAUCAUCUUCAGCUUUAUGGUGAUUUGGGUUCACACAUUUUUCCUUUUCUGGUUUGCGACUGAUGCUUUCAUGAUUUCUGAUCCAUAACAGUCGGGACCAGCGGGGAAAAUGUCAAAUGCGUUGGAUUAUCUCUUCCAAGGCUACGAUACCGGCGUAUUCUAUCGGAUACUCACGAGUUAUUCAGUGGCUGGCCACGCAAUCAUCAUCUUGGGGCUCACAGCUGACGAAUGGGCAAACACGCACCAUAAAUGCAAGCCCUACCAAAGCUGGAUGUUCUGGUUUUGGACAUCCCUCAUCCAUUCUACCUAUGUCUUUUCCAUUUAUCCGUUUGCUGGAGUGGUAAAGACUGCGGACAAGGGGGAAAUUGACUGGAGUAGAUUUGUACCUACCAUUAUUGGAAUCAUCAGCGGUGUGCUGUACGCGGUGUAUGGAUCGUGGUGUGUAACUUGUUCAGUAUUAAGUUGGAAAUAUCGUUAUUCAAGAAGAAGCUCUUGAGUCCAUGGAACACAGCGUGGACUACUCAACCGUGCGACAGGUCGUUCGAAGAUGUAGUUGAUAUACUCAGUCGUAUC